AUGGAGGAUCCUAACCACGGCAUAGCCGACGUCGGUGGCUCUCCUCCUUCUGGUGGACGGGGGAGACGUAGGCAGAGGAAGAGCGAUGAGGAGGACGAUUCUGACACCGCCGUGCCCGGGGACAUCACCACGCGGGCGAAGAGGCGGCAGACGACAGGCAUUGUCGCCGACGCCGGUGGCGCGGAAGUUGGGAGAACGCGAGGCGCCAGUGAAGCUAGUGGCAAAGCGACGGGUCAUGCAUUGCGCCAAAAGGGCCGACCCGCAGCAAGAAAAACAUCCGGCGGAGGGAGGGGCAAGAAAGCAGCGAUGAGGACGAGGCCGAAACGGGGUGGUGAAGACCCUGGUGAGGCCGAGGAGGAGGAUGCGCAGGAAGAGGAGGAUGAAGAGGAUGCGGAGGAAGAUGACGCGGAUGUUGGGGAGGAUGAAAAAGAUAAGAAUGAUGGCGGGGAGGACGAAGAGGAGGAGGAGGAGGAGGAGGACGAUGAGGAGGAGGAUGAAGAGGAGGAGGAGGAGGAUGAGGAGGAGGAGGAGGAGGAGGAGGAGGAGGAGGAGGAGGAUGAGGAGGAGGAGGAGGAGGAGGAGGAGGAGGAGGAGGAGGAGGAGGAGGAGGAGGAGGAGGAGGAAGAGCAGGGGGACGACGAGGAGGAGGAUGAACAGGAGGAGGAGGAGGAGGAGGAGGAGGAGGAGGAGGAGGCAGAGGAGGAGGAGGAGGAGGAAGAGCAGGGGGACGACGAGGAGGAGGAUGAACAGGAGGAGGAGGAGGAGGAGGAGGAGGAGGAGGAGGCAGAGGAGGAGGAGGAGGAGGAGGAAGAGGGGGAGGAGGAGGAGGACGCAUUGGGCCACCGGUAA